CAUUGAUCAGUGCCACUGACUGGCACUGAUAGGACCACUGAAAAGCAGCUCAGAUGGGCACUGAUAUGUGGCAUUGAGGUGCACUGGUAGGCACUGAUAUGUGGCAUUGAUGUGGCACUGAUGGGCACUGGCAGGUGGCAUGGAUGAGCACUGACAGCUGGCACUGAUGGACACUGACAGGUGGCACUGCUGGGGCUACACUGAUCAUCAGGGCACACUGAUCAUCAGUGCCCUGAUGAUCACUGUCAGCGUGACAGCUUGUGAGGAGAGAAAUGCUGAUAACCGGCAUUUCCCUAUUUACAUGUGAUCAGCUGUGAUUGGA